CAUUUCAUUUAAAAGAAUAUACUCAAUUUAAUGAAAUUGAAGAUAAACUAACAACACCUGUUAAACGUAUUGAAAUGGCUUGGAAACCAAACUAUGACGUAGUUGCAAUAGGAAAUUCAAAUGGGAGCAUUUAUUUAUUAGACGGAAAUACAUUAAAACUUAAACAUGUAGUGAAUGGUCAUGAUCAAUCUGUUGAGUGUAUUAUCUGGCAUCCAACACAUGUAACUUCUGAUUAUAGUGAAGAAUCUAAGUAUAAAAACUAUUUUGCAUCAAGUUCACACUGCAUUAGAGUCCACCAACUUAAUGAAGAUUGUAAACCAUCAUUGGUUGUUGAAUUUAAAGGACACAAAGAAAAAAUCAAUGAAUUAGCAUGGAGCCCUCAUCAUAAUUUAAUACUUUUGAGUUGUUCAAAUGAUUUCACGGCUAAAUUUGAUGCAGAGGUUCUCAAACUGUUACGCAUACUAAUUGUUGAUUAUUCAARCAAAGAACAAUCAAAUAAAAUUCAACAGUUUCCAUUAUCUAGUUAUGAACUUUUUAUUGGAAAACAUUUAGAAAAAGCUGUAGAUCAAUUUAUCGAUUCUAAGUAUACCAACAAUGUUUCUGUAGAUGAAGAGAUAAAUUAUUUGGCAUUUUUUGGUACAAAUACUGAAAUAAAAAAGUUUUUGGCCAAUGAAUAUGGUGCAUUAAAAAAAAAAUCUUCAAAUCAAAUGAUUCCUUGUAUGAACAAUAUAAAUAUAUGGGGUCAAAACUUAGAAGGUUAUUUUAAGGAUGCAAUUGAAACAAAAACUAUCAGUGAUUGGAUGAUAGCUGUUGCUCCAAGUGUUAGUUAUGAAUUAUGGACAAAAAUGUGUGAUAUAUAUGCCAGUCAACUAGAAGAUGUUGGAGAAGUUACUAAAGCAUCUACAUAUUUAGUAGCUAUAAAAAAAAUUAAUGAAGCUGCUACAAUGUUACUAAAAAAUAAUCUGUUCCGCGAAGCUUUAGCAGUUGUUAAGAGCCAAGAUAAGCAGAAUGAUGAGAUCGUAUUGAGAAUAACUAAAAAGUGGGCCGAAUACAAUGUUCUUCAUGGACAUCCCAAAGAAGCUGCUCAUUGUUUCUUAAGUAUUGGUGACACGCUAAAUGCUAUUUCAUGUCUUACAAAAGUUAAACAAGUCAAAGAAUUAUCAUUAGCUGCCAAAUUAGCUAGGUAUAUUGAUGAAGAUAUGGAAGAGUCAUUGGUUGUUAAUAUACUGAAAACCGAACAUUUUAAGCAUCACAAAUGGAAUGAAGCAAGAGAGUUUCUAAAAAAUCAUCCUAAACUUAAU